AUGAUUCUAAUUUUCCUAUUAUUCAACCUCGUUUCAGCUCUAGCUGAUCAAAAAGUUUGCCAAACUGCAGAAUGUGUUCAACUAGCUGCGAGAUAUUUGAAUAAUAUGAAUGUGGAUGUGAAUCCAUGUGAUGAUUUCUAUGAAUAUGCCUGUGGACGAUUCAAUUCGGAAAAUCUAAUUGCUGAAGAUGCAAAAAAAGUUACUCCAUCUUCUCAAAUCCUAAAAAAAUUUGAAGAAAACCUCCAAAAAUUCCUAAAAUCCCCGCUGAAAAAGAAUGCAAGCAAAUCUCGAAAAUUCAUCAAAACCUUCUACGAUUCCUGUUUGAAGAGUCAAGUCGAUGGCUACAAUUUAAGCGCCGCUGAACUUCGUGAAACUAUAAUGAGAGAAGUUGCUGGAACUUUGGAUUUUCUGAAAAUCUCUUGGGAACAAGUUGUUGGAAAUAUUGCGCUUCACGGGGUUUUUCCGAUUAUUGAUGUUACUCCAGAAGUUUAUAGGAGAAAUAGUUCGAAGCACAUUUUGACUGUAAGUAUGUGAUUCUCGCCGAAUUAUCAAAAAAAAAAUUGGGCAGCAGCGGGGGUCGAACCCAGGUUUCGCAAAAAGAAAGGCAAACGCGCUAACCACUCGGCCACGCGGCUCUUUUUUUCUGCUGUCAAAAAUGUCGCAUAUAAAAUCGAAACCAAAAAAUUUCAGUUUUCAUCUGGAAAUGUGUAUUUCACUGAAUGGAAUAAUGACAAUAAAACCUAUAAUUAUAUUAUGUAUUACAAAACAUUCCACCAUUAUAUUUGUAAGUUCCCCCAAAUCUUCUUUUAUCCAAUUUUUUUUGCUCAAUCAAUUCAGAUGGAUUUAUGCCUGAUUACGUUCACGAUGCGAUUUUGGACCUCGAGGCAAAUUUGACUGAAAUACUCCCCGAAAAGCGAGAAGAACAUCAAGAAAUUAUGAACAUUGUAACCUAUGGUGAACUCAAAAAAACAUACACAAAUAUAAAAUUCGACGAUUUUUUCACUGAUGAAAUUCGAAAAUUAAUUGGGAAUAUCAGCGAUUCGACUGAAGUUAAUGUAAGAUAUCCGAAAUUCUACGAAGAUCUCAAUAAUUAUAUAAAAACAGUGGAUAAAGAUAUAAUUAAAAAAUAUGCGAGAUGGAGAAUGAUGCAGAAUUAUGAUCGAUAUUUGCCAAAAAUAUUUAGAGAAGCAAUUUGGAAAUAUAAAAAUAUUAGUUCGGAAUUGAUUUCGAAAAGAUGUUUGGAUUUAGUAGUGACAAAACUACACAUUCCUCUUGCUCUUGAAUUUGUUGAAAAUAUUAUGAGCAGUGAGAGAAAUGCUACAAUUAAAACAAUUAAAAAAGUUACCGAAGAUCUAUUAGAUGCCACUCAGGAAAAGCUGAAUAAUAGUGAUUGGUUUGAGAUGAAAACGAAAGAAGGAGCGAUGAAGAAAAUUGAGAAUAUGAUAGUACAUCUUGGAUAUCCGGAUGAGGGUUUUAAUCAAAAUGAUGUUAUGAAAUCAUAUGAGAAUAUUACACUAUCUUCUGAUAAUACUUUUGAGAAUUUGAUGAGUAUUAGGAAAGUUUAUCAGAAGUAAGUAUACAGUAACCCGGACUGCAAAGUCUGAGAAAUUGAAUUUUUUGCAGUUUGGGGUACUGUAGUUCCCCGAAUCUGAAUGAAUUAAGAACCACAGUUACCCGGACUGCAAACUCUGAGUCAAUUGAGUAUUUUUGCAGUUCGGGUUACUGUAGUUCCCCAAAUCUAAAUGAAAUGAGAACCAACGUUACCCGAACUGCAAAAUCUAAGAAAAUUGCAUUUUUUGCAGUUCGGGGUACCGUAUUUUCCCAUAAUUUUGAACAAAAUAAGAAAUACAGUAACCCGGACUGCAAAAACAUAAUAAAUUUCAAGAUUCUCUAGAAAUUUUAUAGGAUUUUAAUAAACAAAAACUAUGUACAGUAACUCGGACUGCAAAAAAUAGAAAAAAAACUUUUUUUUUGCAGAUCAAUAUUUCUGAAAAUGCAAAAAAAGCCGUCAAUUCAAUGGGAAGAUUCUCAAAUUCUCGACGCCACCGCAUUAGCAUAUCCAGAAAUAAAUGAGCUCGCAAUUCCAAUUCUCAUUCUCAGUUUUCCAUUUUUCGUCGAAUCCGCUCCAUUUUCCACACAUUUCGGAGCAAUCGGAAGUAUAAUUGCGCAUGAAAUCAGUCACGGAUACGAUGUGUCGGGUGCAAAAUAUGAUGAAUUCGGAAAUCUCAAAAAUUGGUGGACACCUGAAGAUCUGAAGAAGUUCGAGAAGCACAAGAAAUGUCUAGUAGAUCAGUAUGGUAGACAAGUUGAGCCGCUGACAAAAUUGAAAAUUGAUGGGAAAUAUACACUUCGGGAGAAUAUGGCCGAUAAUAUUGGAUUACAAAUUGCUUUUGAGGCUUUUGAAAAGAGGUUGGUGGAGAAUAAGAAUAAGAAGAAGAAGAAAGUGGAGAAUCUUCCAGGGCUUCAGAAUAUUCCAGACAAGAAAAUAUUCUUCAUUGCGUUUGCGAAUGUGGGUUUGAGUUUGAAAGUUAAAGUUCCCCUAACUUAGCUUCACCUUUCCAGGCUUAUUGCGAGAAUUGGAAACUUGACGGAAUGCGAGAAUCGGUGAAAUAUAGUUCACAUGCUCCACACAAGAUCCGAGUCAAUGUUCCACUUCAGAAUUUCGAGAAGUUCUCCGAAGUUUUCAAAUGUGGGAAUUCGACGAAAAUGAAUCCGAUUGAUAAAUGUGCUUUUUGGUGA